AUGAACACCUCAAGCGUCGUGUUCGAUUGCAACCCAUCAAUCUCAGCUAUCGGAAUGCAGGUCGUGGCGUAUGAACAACAGGUUGGAAAUAGUGCAGCGCAUCCAAACAAGCGCGCACCCACAAUGAGCACCGAAGAACUGAUCAAGUCGCCAUCCGUCUGUCAGGGAAAAAAAUCGAAACUCCUCGAGCUUGGUCGGCAACUUGUAGCCGCGGGAUAUCCUGAACGGACCACAUCUCAACUGGAUCAGCGAAUCCGCGAUACGUUGCGAAAUGUAAAAAAGUAUACCGCACGUCAGAAAAGCUUCUGUUCUACUCCUACGCGAUCUUCCGCAAUUUCUAAAAACAACAAUCAAGUCACAGGCAAUAUUACCAUGAACAGGUAA